AUGCCAGCCCCCUGCCUGCUGGCCAUCCUCGUCUGGGCCAGUGUGGGCUGGGCCAGCGAGGGCAGCCACGAGUGUGGGGAGCGAGUGACGGAGGCUGCUCUGGCUCAGGCCGGGGACAGAGCUGGACUGGGGGAGUUCCCCUGGCAGGUCUCCCUCACCCAUAGCGGCCAGCAUCAGUGCGGAGGCUCCCUCAUCAGCCACGUCUGGAUCGUCACAGGAGCUCGGUGUGUCAGCAACAGAGCAGCGGCUAAUUUGAGUGUUCAGGUCGGGUUGGUUGACCUGAAGGGGCAGAAGGUCAGCCACGAGGUGGGGAAGAUAAUCUGUCACGAGGACUAUGAGCCCUUGUCUUCCCGGGCGGACAUCGCUCUUCUCCAGCUGAGAAUCCCCGUUAAGUUCAGCAACUCAGUCUCCGCUGUUUGCUUCCCCGACAACAACUUCCUCGAUCCCCAGGAAAUCCAGAACUGCUGGGUGUCUGGCUGGAGCCUUCUGUCUGAAGGUCCCGGUAGCCAUACCCAGUUCCUGCAGAAGUUGAGGACUCACUACGUCAACAGGACACAGUGUGCGGAGAUCUGGGGGCCGAGGCUACUCAGCAGUAUGAUCUGCACUCAUAACCCCAACCCCAACUGCACCGGAGAAGCAGGGGGGCCACUGGUUUGCCAGGACACACACAGUCAGCGCUGGGUGCUGGUGGGCACGAGGAGCCUCGUCGAGGAGAGUUGCCAGCCGGCUGAGGUCCACACCAGCGUGGCCCAGUUCAUCGACUGGAUACGGAGAGUCACCUCGGCCGCGGGUAAACCUUUCAUCCCCUUCGUGCCCCCUUCGCCCGCCAGGGACUGGACACAGGAGAUGAUCAUCGAGCAUUUGGCUCAGUCUCUGAACUCGCCAGACACCACAUCCACACAACUUCCCCCCAAACCCCAGCCCACGGAGCGACCAGCCAAGCCCACCCAACCUGCCCCCCAGCCCAACUCCAAGCACAAGCGCCAGCACACCCAGCAAUCAGCCAAGUCCACCCAGCAAUCAUGGGCUCACAAGCACCCCACAUUCAGGCCUGAGCUGAGCGAUGGCACUGCCCAGCGAGCCUGGAGUUGGCUCGACCGCUUCAGCCCUGAGACUUUAGCCAAGCGAGACGUGACCUCCAGCGGGGGGAUGAGGGGCCCCUCCCUGCUCCUGGGGGCUGCCUGCUCAGCUCUUGGCCUCCACUGGCUCCGCCUGCCCCCCGCAGCCUGA